AUGCGCACUGAGCCUCCCGAGUCCUUUAAAUGUACUGUACGUGCAAAGAUGGCAGCUCAAGUCGACUUGCUCUGCGCGAAAGUGGAAGACAAAAACACGGCGAGGGACCGUUUUGACAGGUGCAUCAAAGAAAAGAAAAAGAAGAAGAGGAGAGAGCUGUCGCCGUCGGCUGACAAACGGGUCAAGUCCGAGAAAGACGCGAAGAAAGUGAAGCUCCAUCAUCAUCACCUCCACCACCAUCACCACAACCAGCAGCACGCUGAGCUGAGGAUCCCUCCGCCGCAUCAGCUGCAGCAGAAUCCCAAAGCCCACAACUUCUCCUCGGAGAAACAUGUCCUGCUCGUCCACCACCACAACGGCAACCUCAGCAACGGCACCAAGAAGAACUUACAGGCGGCGUUCCCCCUGCCCGCUGCCCGGAGGAAGGCGCCGGAGCAGCCGCAGAAGAAGCCGCCGGUGGUCUCGCAGCCACCUGCACUCCUCGCCGCUGUCACGCCUCUCAAAGUGGUCAAGGCCAAGGACAAGGAAUUUAAAGAAAAGCGUCGUGAUAAGGACAUAAAACUGAAGGUGAAGAAGGAAAACACCGAGGCUAACGUGAAACACGCGGAGCUGAAGAAAAAGAAGGAUGCACGGCCCCACAAUGGGAGUGGAAAAUCUCUCACACUGGAAGAAUUCAUCCUGAAAAAGAAAAAGAAGAAAAGGAAGCACCAUGAGGAGGAGCACCACAGUGCAAAGAAGGUUCGACACUUGCACAACAAAGCCGUUCAGACUGUGUGUUCAGGUCCUGGAGCGGAUCUCGGGAUGCCCGUCCGCCCCAAUCCUUCUCUUCCGGGCAAGGUGAAACACGAAAACAAUCGCCAUGGUGGCAGAGAACCCGUUAACCACCACCCACCCUACCUCCAUGCUCUCAAACUGGGUCACGUCCCCUUUCUGUCCCAUCAAGACCAUUACAUCCGCAGCUCCUACCUUCAGACUGGUACCAGGUACGGGCGCUUCAUUCACGAGGAGAAGCAGGCCAAUGGUGGAGGGUUAGUUCUGCACGCCUAUGCUGAUGAGUUGGCCUGUCUCGGUCCUGCUGAGAUGGAGUGCUUUGCCCAGGAGUUUCUGGAGCUGGCCUUUGCCGAGAAGUCGAGGGGUGCGUCCGCCUACGCACUGGCCGUGGUGCACAGUGCGGCUGCUUACCUGCCCGACUUCCUGGACUACUUUGCCUUCAACUUCCCCAACACACCCGUGAAAAUGGAGAUACUGGGAAAGAAAGACAUUGAGACGACUACUAUCGCCAACUUCCACUCUCAGGUGAACCGGACGUACUGUUCAGGAACUUAUCGCGCUGGACCCAUGAGGCAGAUCAGCCUGGUGGGAGCCGUGGACGAAGAAGUCGGGGAUUAUUUCCCAGAGUUCCUUGACAUGCUGGAGGAAUCGCCAUUUCUCAAGAUGACUCUGCCGUGGGGAAGCCUCUCCAGCCUGAAGCUGGACUGUCGCUCUCAGAGUGACGAUGGGCCCAUCAUGUGGGUGCGACCGGGAGAACAAAUGGUUCCCACCGCUGACAUGCCCAAGUCUCCAUUCAAACGGCGCAGGUCCAUGAACGAGAUCAAGAACCUGCACUACCUGCCGAGGACCAGCGAGCCCAGAGAGGUUCUCUUUGAGGACCGGACGAAGGCGCACGCCGACCACGUGGGCCAGAGCUUCGACUGGCAGAGCACUGCUGCCGUGGGCGUCCUGAAGGCCGUGCACUUUGGAGAAUGGAAUAACAGAUCUCGCAUCACCAAAGACGUAGUUUGCUUCGACGCCGGGGACUUCAAUGACGUUGUCCAGAGACUGCAGCUGGAUCUGUAUGAGCCGCCAGUGUCUCAGUGCGUCCAGUGGGUCGAUGACGCCAAGCUGAACCAGCUGAGGCGGGAGGGCAUUCGCUACGUCCGAGCCCAGCUCUGCGACGACGACAUCUACUUCAUCCCGAGAAACGUCAUCCACCAGUUCAAGACGGUGUCCGCGGUCUGCAGCCUGGCCUGGCACAUCCGCCUCAAGCAGUACCACUCGGAGGACCCGGACAAGAAGGACGAGCAGCGGCCCAACGACGCCAGCCCCGCCUCCGGCCGAGUGUCCUUCUCCUCCCCCGCCCGGCCCGACACCACCGUCACCCCGUGCGCCCGGCCGCCGGGCGACGGUUUCCACGGCGGCGUGGCCAAAACGGAAGAGCCGGAGUUUCAGCGGCCGGCGACGCCCUCCCAGGAGCGCCAGCCGGCGCCCCCGCAGCCCACCAAGUCUGCUCACCCCCCCUCGGCGUACCAGGACCGCCACCUUUUCUUAGCGCCAGUUCACUCCGGGUGUUCCAGGGAAGCGGCGCUGCCCGGCGCUCACACUGCAGACUUCCCUAAAUGACCCGUCUCCCCUCUGUCCCCCCCCGCCACAGCCUCACUUUCUGAGGGGAGGAGGUAUGUACAAACUAUAAAACCUGACAGCCGUGUCAAUCAGGAAGCCUUUACAUGUAAAUUAUUCUUCAAGGUUUUUUUCUGAAAUAUUUAAGCUCUCCCUGUUAUAAAAUGUU